UCGGUUUCCGCUCUCCCCAAGUCUCCCUACCAGAGGCUAAGUCAGAGGAUGCAGGACAUCUCCGGGGACCGCGGCGUGCUGAAGGAUGUCCUCCGGGAGGGCACAGGGGACCUGGUGGCGCCCGACUCCUCCGUCUUAGUGAAAUAUUCCGGCUAUCUGGAGCACAUGGACAAGCCUUUUGAUUCUAAUUACUUUCGGAAAACUCCUCGCCUCAUGAAGCUGGGAGAGGAUAUCACGCUGUGGGGCAUGGAGCUGGGCCUCCUGACCAUGCGCCGUGGGGAGCUGGCCAGGUUUCUGUUCAAGCCGACCUACGCCUACGGGGUGCUGGGCUGCCCACCCCUGAUCCCCCCGAACACCACCGUCCUCUUCGAGAUUGAGCUGCUCGACUUCCUGGACUCGGCCGAGGCCGACAUGUUCUUUGCCCUCACAGCCGAGCAACAAGACAAGUUUCCACUCCAGAAGGUCCUGAAGGUGGCCACCACCGAGCGAGAGUUUGGCAACUGCCUCUUCCGCCAGAACCGUUUCUAUGAUGCCAAAGCGAGAUACAAACGGGCCUUGCUGCUCCUGCGCCGCCGCCAAUCAGUGCCCCUUGAAGAGCGGCACCUGGUGGAGGCCGACAAACUGCUGGUGCUGCUUAACCUGUCCUUCACCUACCUGAAGCUGGGGCAGCCCCCCCAGGCCCUGCGUUAUGGAGAGCAGGCUCUGAGCAUCAACCAAAAGAAUGCCAAGGCCCUGUUCAGGUGUGGCCAGGCCUGCCUCCUCAUGACCGAGUACGAGAAGGCCCGGGAUUUCCUGGUCCGAGCGCAGAGGGAACAGCCCUUCAACCACGACAUCAACAACGAGCUGAAGAAACUGGCCAGGGACUACAGGGUCUACACGGACAAAGAGAGAGAGAUGUGCCAACGGAUGUUUUCCCCUGGAGACGACGGUGCUGCCGGAGAGGACGGCUGGUGAGCCAGAACGGCCGAUGGCCCGAGACCGUAUCCUGGCUUCUCCGUCUGAAGUUCCAUAGGAGCUGUUUGAGUUGGAAGCCGGUUCCCAGCACCUGGCCCUGCUAGAUGGGCGGAGGGGUCGGGGUGCUGCCCCACAGCAGCCCCUCCUGACCCCUGACUCCAUCUCACAGAGGUGUCCUGGCUGCUUCAGACCGCCAGGACCCACGGGGUGGUUUAUUGUCUCUGUGCUUGGCCCCCAGAUGCUUCAAGUUACGACAAGCAAGAGGAGUGAAGCCGGUGAAGCCCCAACUCCAGCUUAGGGGGACUUGCAGAGAGAAGCCCCCCCAAAGGGACCUGUUGGAAGAGGAGCUGGCAUUCGGCCCCCACCAUUGCCUUAGCACAACCCCCCCCCCCAUCCCCAGGACGCUGCUGCCGGGGUGCAUUUUCCCAGGGGCUGUUUCUGGUGUCACAUUCUCAUAGUUGGAUUAGAGCAGGUGAAGGUGUAGGGACUGAGUAGAAAGCUGUUCUUUAAGGUCGUUUCUUUUUAAAAAACACAGACGUGGCGUGAGUCCUGGACGGCCCUCCUCGUCUUGCCCACUCCGGCUGCGCGGCCCUGGCCGAGACAGACUUGCUUUGUGUGUUUUGUCAAGUCCUCUGUGUUGGAGAGAGGAUUAUGUUACACAGUUUUUGUUGUAAAUAAACAAACCGCUUCCUUGUC